CCCCAGAGAGAGAGAGAGAAGAGAGGGAGGGAGAAGAGAAGAGAAGUGAAAGCCAACGCCCCGUGUUUUUUUUUUCUUUCCUCUCUGCCACAGAAGGAAAGAUUGUGUUGGCUGUAAAAUAUUCAGUGGCUGUACAUUUUCCCGCCUACUUUCUUAUGACUUCUCUGUCCUCACUUCACUUCACUUCACUGUUUCUUUUCGCCUCUUCAAGCGUUUAUUUUCUCCCUAUUGGACUCCAUUUAUAUCCCUAUAGUCAUUAAAACACCUCGGGACAUAUCUCACCUCUUCUCCACGCAGGUUUAUUUCAGACAUCAUAUCAUAUCAUAUCUCUCAUUCUGCUGUUGCUAAGGGCGCUGACUGGAAACUGGUUAUUAAAAUAAAAAAUGGCAGAUACAGAAACAGGUACAACCUUCGUGGACAAACUGAAGGCUUAUAUACGGACUCGGAAAGGAACCAUACUGACUGUCGAAAUAUUCUUGAGUUUGAUCAUCGUCAUUUGUUAUGCAGCAUCAACGUAUGGCGGAUAUUCAGCAGUGGCUAUUUGUGAGCUGGUCUUUGCCAUCAUCUUCUUUGUCGUCUUCAUGAUGGGGCUGGACAAACAGUUCCUGGUCAUCAACUGGCUUUGGAGUGAUUUGUUCCGCGCUGCGAUUGGUGCACUGCUGUACAUCAUCACCUCUCUGAUUUGUGUGAUCCGUGGAGGCAAAGAUGACGCGCGCAUCGCAGGGGGGGUGUUUGGACUUCUCGCUGGCAUUUUGUUUGGUUAUGAUACCUACACAAUUUUUACAGAAAUCAAGAGCACCGGAGGGCGAUCAGCCGUUUCCACAGAUGCUUGAACACUAUUACAACAGCAGCAGCACCCGCUUGGGAAGACUUGGGAAGAAACAAGGGAUUGAAACAUUGGCAAGCUAAGAAUUUCAAAGGUUUUCUUGGGAUGAUGAGGUCAAUGUUGUGGAGUAGUGAAUGCCAUACAAUGUUGAAAACAUGAGACAAACAGACUGAAAUAUCUGAACUAGUUAAAGGGAGGCACUGUAUAGGAAAGCAAGUUGUAAUUAUUACUUAAGCCAAAGCACCACAAAUAAUUGGAGAUCCCAUUUCAGAGCAGAUAUUUCAGCUGUUGAAACACUUCUUUUAUGUCAGAACGGCUCCUUUUAACAUCACACGGCGCGCUCAGACACGACUAGGGAAUAAAGAAAGGAAUAGAUGAGACUCGGCACACUUUAAAAAUGUUCAGUCCGUCUUGCCCAAGUGAUCAAGCAAAUAUCACACCAAGAAAGGGAACUGAAAGGAAGAAAUUUUAGCUCAGUUUUGGUUCGGAGCUUUGAGUUUGUUUAAAAUACAAUCUCCAUUUGAAAUGGCAAGGUUUAAUGUUUCAGCCACAAAUUAUUAUUUCUGACAACUAAUAUUUGAGAAUUGUAUUGGUUCUAGUUGUGCAUUUGCUUAAAAUAAUUAAUCUGAAGUGCUGCAGUUGUAGAGGUGAGAUGUUUAUCUGGUUAGUUAAAAUACUAGCAGUAAAAUGAAUAGAAGUAAUAAUAUAACUUUAUAACAGUGUUUUGCCAUAUUUCUGUUUCAUUUGUUUUUAGUAUUUUGUUUGUUAAAAGAAAAUCAAGGGUGCUAACAAACCCUGAUGUUUAAAUGACUGACCCAAGUCCCAAAAGUGGAUUAUAGAUUUUUUCGUUUAAAUAUGUUCAGUGUACACUUGCAACAAGAAUAAAGCUUGAAUGCAGCCUCACUCUCCUAUUACGAAAUGAUGAUUCUAUAGGAAAUGGCUAAAAACCGCCACCUAAUUUUUAGCCCUCUAAAGAACAUGACUAUGUAUUCAUUCAUUCAUUUGAUAUUGAACACACUUCUUUCCUUAAUUUGUGAUCUGGCCUAAUUUUUUUUGUGUGUGUUAUCGAAGUACAGUUUUCUUUCUAGAUUCACACAGCCCUGUAUAAAGAAAUUCCAGUGUUUUACAUUGUUUUAUAUGAUCUCCUGUCUAUGAAGACCUGCAGUUGUUUCUUUUCCCAUGUAGUUCCCUGCUCACAAGGUUAAUAUGCUUUAUUGCUUUUGACACAGUCUUGGUUUUUAUUCUUUCAUAAUAAAAAAUAGGCUACUGAAAAUGUCAUUAUUAGUUGCCUGUACUGUAACAGUGCCUUAAGACUGUAUUGUCAAAAACUCAGGAUAAACCUUUCUUCCGACGUUCAACACUUAUGUUUGUUCUUGAUAAGAAUGAGAGGAUAUUCUGCAGUAUUUUAUUUUGUCACAUUUCUAAUGUUACUGUUUUUUUUUCUUUUUCAUAAAGCAAUGCAGAAUAAAAAUCUUAUAACCAAGUGCAAA